CAGUGUAUGUAUGACGGCGACGGCGACGACGACGACGACGACGAUGGCGGGGUACUUUUCGAACCACUCACAGCCUGGCCACACGCGCUUCUCUACUCAUUCCCAGUCCCAGUCCCAGUCUCAGUCUCAGUCCGUAGUUGCACCCCAGCAGCAGCCCGUCUCAGAGUCUCGCCCACGCCCCCCCGUAAGCCGACAUUUCUCCACCUCGCUGACCACCCGUGAUCCGGAGCCUGCCCAAGCUAAACAUGCAGGCCACAAUUCUCUCCCGGUGACGGUUCAUCCACUCAGGCACACCUGGGUGUUCUGGUUCCGCCAGCAGCGGGCACCAGGAAACAAGAUCACCAAUUAUGAAGAGGGCAUAAAGAAAGUGGCCUCUUUCUCCUCUGUCGAGUCUUUCUGGUCUCUCCAUACCCAUCUUUCUCCUCCUUCCUCUCUCAUUCCCACCACCGACUACCUCCUUUUCCACGCUGGUGUCCGUCGUCCAGUCUGGGAAGACCCUCUGAACAAGACUGGCGGAAAGUGGAUUAUUCGUCUGCGGAAGGGCGUCGCGGAUCGCCUAUGGGAAGAGCUCGUAUGCGGUGUAGUAGGAGACCUCUUUGACGAAUGUGGACGGGAGAAGUUGAGGCCGGACGCUGACGGUACUACAAACGGCGAUGUCGAAGGCGAGAGUGGUGAUUGGCCAGAAAUAUGUGGGUGUACCAUCAGUGUCAGACAGAGCGAAGAUAUCAUCUCUGUAUGGAAUCGCGUUGAUGGGGAUCUAAAAGUCCGCGACAAGAUACGGGAUACCAUUCGUACCAUACUCAACCUGCCACCCACAACGAUCAUGGAAUAUAAAUCAAACAACGAUUCGAUACAGGACAAGUCUUCGUUCCGCAACUCUGCCAUCGAGCGCACCCCCUUUGCCUCGUGAUUCUGAGGUACCCUGGUGCGAGGUAUCACUCACGAAUUACAAACCAAAAAAAAAAAAGCAGAACGAUGCUCUGCUAUAUACACGCUUAAUGUAUAUUGUGCAUUCCGCAGGCGUGAUCCAGGAUAUUGUCAUUCAGACAUCAU